CUUAAUGUAAUUGUCUGUGGUGGCAUGUGUUCAUUGCAUGAGGUUAGAAAAUCGGCAGUUCUGUCACAUGGGUUUGUGUAAAAUGAGUUAUUUUUCUGUUAUUGAGCUAAGAGACACGAAAAGAGUGUGUCCCUGUCAAGCUGAAAGCAAGAGUCUAGUGUCUGCAAACGUGAAGUAAAAAAUAUUAAGAUUAGUAUAGAGUAUUAUGCGGCUCACCUCCCCACUUAAUCAACCCUAACCUCCAUUCAACAACAAUUUUUGCAGAAGCUAAUAAGUAUUUGUUCCCAUAGACAAGAGUAUGGAAAGUCAAUGAGAAUUUUGAGUACUUUAUUACAAACAAUGGCUGGAUGUGUGAGUCAUUUAUCAAGAUUACAGAGAAGAAUAUACCAUGUUUUGAUAUGUGGAUCAGUGGUUCCAUUUUUCAUGCGAACACAACAUUUAUUUAUAACACGUAGCUAUACACCUUGUAUAAAGCUACAUGGACGGAAAUAUUUGCCCAUAAGCCAGACAUUUGUAUCGGGCCAACAAAUUUGUUGUGGUCAGAUUCAGAAUUUGCAUUAUGUGUCCCAUAAAACAAAUGUAAAUGUUAUUCAAGAGGGAGAAACAGAGGAAUUAAAAAGCAAAUUGAAUUCCGUUAGCAAUAAGAUAAUAUUUAAUUCGGUUUUAGAAUUUUCAAAAUUUGAAGGAGACUGGAAAAAGCGAAGAGUUUUGAAAGACAGACAAGAAAAGCUUAAAGUUUCAAAAAUAAAUAAGAAAGAUCGUUGGAGCAAUAUACCUGUUGCCUUGAAAUACAUAACAGAUACACCAGAAAUACAUGCAACAAAUAAAAAUGAAAUAAAAAGUUCUGAGUCAGAAAAUGAAAUUGUAUGCCUUCCAUAUAGCAUUGAGACAGAAUUGAAUACUCUUAUCAGUGCUGAAGUUCAACAGCAAGGAAUGAAAGAGAGUAUCGAUCUUCCAGAUCAACAGAUGUUUAAAUCUGAACUUGAUAGUUCAAAUUGGACUGAAUUUUCUACAACAGUGUCGAACAGUGGUGUUUCAAGUUGGAUGUCAGAUUAUGAAUGUUAUGAUGAGAAUGGAAAUGUGUUUAAGAAUACAAAACCGUGGGAGAUGAAUUAUGGAACACCAGAUAUAACGACUCCCAUUAGUGAUGUUCCAUGUGGAGGUUGUGGUGCUAUGCUUCAUUGUCAGGACACAGCUAUUCCAGGAUACCUUCCCAGUGAACUGUUUAAGCAACAGGAUAAGGCCUCGCUUCGUGCAGUUGUCUGUCAACGCUGUCACUUAAUGCGUUUCUAUGACGUUGCUUUGAAUGUGAUUGUUUCUCCAGAUGACUAUCCAAAAUUGAUGACACAUUUGAAGCAGAAAGUAUCCUUGAUAAUUCUGAUGGUUGAUAUCUUGGAUUUUCCUUGCAGCAUUUGGCCGGGGAUUAUGAAUAUUGUUGGCCAUAAGCAGCCAAUUGUUGUUGUCGGCAACAAGGUGGAUUUGCUGCCACCAGACAGCCGUGGCUAUCUGCAUCGGAUCCAUAAGCACCUGGCUGACAGUCUUGCUCACAGUGGCAUACCAGCUUCAAAUAUCAAGCAUGUUGCUUUACUUAGUGCCAAAACAGGAUAUGGAGUGGAAGAAUUAAUCACUAAGUUACAUAAUUUGUGGGCAUACAAAGGUGAUGUGUAUAUACUUGGUUGCACCAAUGUGGGGAAAUCAACCCUGUUCAAUGCCCUUCUGCAGUCAGACUACUGCAAAGUUAAGGCGGUCGAUCUGAUACAAAGAGCCACUACAUCUGUCUGGCCAGGCACAACAUUGAACCUCCUCAAGUUUCCUAUUUUACGACCGUCCGGCUGGCGCUUAGCAGAGCGGACUAAACGUAUCACUUCCCAGAGGAAGCAGGUUGAGGCUCAACGCAAGCUGCAUUACACCCAGAUGAAAGAUGAUACAUCUCGAAAUCAUCCGGCUCUCAUUGGACACAUUGGAAGGACCUUCCAGGCAGAGAGGCCUGAUUCAGGCCUGGAUCAGUUUUCCAUGAAAACUUACACAGAAGGGUCCAGACCCUUGUCUGGUUUGGAUCCUUCAGAUGAAGAUUAUGCACAAAGUAAAUGGUGCUAUGAUACCCCAGGAGUUGUACAUCCUGACCAGGUAAUCCAUUUACUGACAACAGAGGAAUUGAUGAAAACGCUACCCAAGAAAUUGCUUCUUCCGAGGACCUUUAGUGUGCAGCCAAAUAUGGCACUAUUCAUUGCUGGUCUAGGACGCCUCGACUAUGUUGAAGGGAUUGGCCAUGUCAGAAUGACAGUGUUUUCAUCUGGGAGCCUGCCCAUCACAAUCUGUAGGAUCGACGAUGCAGAUUGUCUCUACAAAACAUUGCUGGGGAGUAGGUUUCUUGGUGUUCCGCUUGGUGGGCCAGCCCGUCUGGCACAGUGGCCUAUGCUAAAGUCUCAUUCAGAGAUCCUUGAACUCCAUGGCAUUGGGUGGAAGGAGAGCUGUGGGGACAUCUUGCUGUCCUCUGCAGGUUGGGUCGCUGUAACAUCUGGUGAGGGUAAAACAUGCAGAUUUCAAGCAUGGACACCAGGUGGCAGGGGAGUGUAUCUUAGAUGCCCUGCACUGUUACCCUUUGCCGUAACUUUGUGCGGACCAAAAGUCCGACGAAGUCCAGCACACAGGAAAGGGAAAGGAAUAUUUUUGAAACAGAUAUGAAGUUUUAUUCAUAAAUGUUAUGAAAUCAUAAUUCCCACAUGAUAAUACAUGCUACAGAUAUCUCUUCAUAAAACACUUUAAUACUUUAAAAAAAUGUAAGUACAGCACCUGAAUAUUGAGAUUUGUGUAUUUAUGAAACAAAACAAAGCGUCAUAAUGAACUUUUAAAUUGUCACCAUCUCUGAGAAUUUUCUCACUCAGCUGGGAAACUUUUUGCAGUUUUCCCAAGUUUUGCAAGUCAGAAUGGAGGGUAGUACAUGGAUCAUACACAUUUAUUCUCCAGUAACACUUUAUAAUGAUCCUACAGUUUCUCUUUAGAUAUCACUUAUAUGCUGUUAACUGAGAAAUGUAAUAAACCCCUUCCAUUGAUCUUUA